AGCCUGAAAAGUCCGUAGAGGCUAUACGGGGGAUCAUUGUCUUUGUGGGUAUGUAUGUUGAGAAGCAGUGGCGUAUUAAAAUAGAGCACUGCACUACGAACCCUGCCUCCCUAGUUCGAUUCCCAGCCACACCGAAGAUCAGUGGCGCGUGAUAUUUGAACAGCUAUAAAAUUAGUUACAUAAGUACGGUUUGUAAACAGCAGUUGGGAUAAAAAAGGCGACCAGGCAUGAUGCAGAAUGUGUGAUGUGUGACAUAUACCAUCUUUAUUGAUUCCUUUACCAAACACAUGCACUUUUAACAUUUUGGGUCUACCGAGCCAUUUUUUUGUUACCUGAAAUGCCGUACUGAACCUACUGACCCUGUGAAAUACAAGGCCCUGGUGCUUUUCGGUCUUCUCCCGCUAUACAUCUCUUUUAGCGUCGUACUGUUCUAAAAAUGACAACAAAAUUAGUUAUCGAGAAUAUGAUGUCAUCUUUAAAGAAAAUUCUGAUACAAAUGUUCGAAGGCCUGAAUUAAAACAAGUACAAAUUCCAAACCUCUUACCCUCAAAUUCUCGGGUGCCCCAACAUAUACAUUUUUAAAUGCCCUUUUAUAUCGUUUUAGAUAAACACUCGGCUAUAUUGUAUUUGUGACAUAAUUCAGCUUUCUUACCCUUCUAGAAGAUCGUUAGAACUUGGAUCACUCACCGCAUCAUCACUCACCCACUUAGGACCGUCGUACAUACAGCACUUGCGGCAACAACCUGUAAACCGGUGUACAAAUGAGCGGCGUUCUCCAUGCACCUGUGCAUUGUACACAGCACGAGAGGCAAUGAACGGGACGCAUUGUGCUAAUGAAGGCACUGGGGUUUUUUUUCCCCCCACCUUAAAAAGGGACCUUUGCAUUAAAUCUUGCAGGACCUGUAUUUUGGUUUAUAAUUGCGGCACUGGUUUGUGUUCCUGAGUAAAUAUCGCGCGCGUGGGACCGCGUGAAUGGUGAGGCGUGCAGCGUGGAGGUCCGCACGCACACGGCAAUUUCUAGUAAUUGCUUCGGUUCAUUGCACGCUACUCGUAACUGUUUACCCGUGGCAGCACACCGCGGGAGUGGGAAUAGAGUCACGAAUAUGAUGGAUGGGAAAAUAAAAAAAGGGAAGAGGAAAAAGAAGAGAAACGGGAUGGAAGAGGAAUGCACGCACGAGCAGCAUCUGUUUCCAGAUGGGGCGGGUAAAGGGGAUGGAUUCAGAGUGUGGGAGAGCCCAAGACAAUACGGUUCCAGAUAUCACCCGCCACUCAUGUUAGCCGUGACCGGCAUCCUGGGAAUUGAACUCGGGUCGUCGAAAUUGUAGUGCAGUGUACUAACGACCGCGGCACUACUCGCAAAUACAAAUACGGUGUACGAAUGUUAAAACGUCGAUGUUUGCACGCAUUAUUUGAUGCAUGGAUCAUGAGCCUUAAAAAUCGGCAUUAAUCGAUUAAAAAUAGAUGCAUUGUCACAUCCCUAAUAGCAGGGUCGCAGCUACACUGUGGGGCUUUGGAGUGCCCUCCUAUGGCGAAUGGUUCAUAUUAGAUUCGCGAAGUUCUCCCGACACUUCGUUAUGGAUAAAAAUCAGUUCUACUGCUGCACUAUAGUAAUAGGAAAUCCUCGCAACUACCCGGUACUGACUCAGUACUGAGCCGACUAGCCGCGCGGUGUACUGUGUAUUUAUAUGAGACUUAUCUAGUCUCUUGAAUUCUUACCUGGUUAAACAAAAUACAUGUUGACUUCACCUUAAAUAUUCCAAACAUCAUCAUUAUAAUCAACAUCACUUCGUUGGAAGGGAGAAACCGCGCACUCAAAAAUGCCAUUAUAUUCGUAGCAAAUAUUGAGGAUGUCUCUUAGCCGCGUCGAAACAUGUUGGGAGUGUUUGCACACCCACCACCCCAUUAGUGGCUGCUGCUCCUCUGCCCACGACGGCGCUCACGAUAUUCGUGCAGCUAGGGGUCGUGGGCGCAUAUGGGGCUGGGGUGGGGAUGUGUGCAGGGUUGGGUUGGUGGAUGAGGAGGAGGAUACAUUUCUCCACUCGUCAGCCAAUAGAAUCGCGGAACUAAUAAACGCGGGCGUGGCGUGCGCACAUGGCAAAGAGUCGCCGAGCGCAAAGUUGCUCAAAGUUCGGAGAGGUAGGAGGGAGGGAGCCAUCGAAUUCGUUUUUCCAAGGAGACUUUCUGCAGCAGGGUGGAACAUUAUUGGCACGUCUGGGACAGCAGUGGAACCGAAUCCAAGGCGUACAAAGAGACACGCAGGAACACAAGUAGAGAGGCGCAUAGAACAAGGGCAGAGAAAGACGCAAAGAAAGAGAACACCUCUUAUGAAGACACUUAUAAAAUACAUAUAUACGUAGAACAUAUCGAUUAUAAAAAAAAUUACGCUUAACAAUUCGCGCUCAAGCACGUAUAAAGACAGAAACAUUUAAUAAAAUACACAUAGAAAGACAUAGAACAACAUAAAAGGGAAAACCCGUAUAAAUAGACAAAUAUAAUCACUUAGACACAGAGAGAAACAGAAACAAAUAUUAGCACAAAGACGCUUAUAAAGACAAUAUCACUGACAAAGACAAUAGAAACAACUCUUAGAAAGGCACAGAAAAAUCUCACGUUAAGCCUCAGAAAGUCGCGCAUACAAAAUACACGCGGAUUAGAAACUCGCGUAGCAAGAAGAGGCGGAAAAAAAAACGGAAGCGGGCCGCUCUAACGGGACUCGAUUUUCCAAACUCUGCCACUCGCGUCUAGCUCACCUCGCUCCAUCGUCAUCCUCGCUCCAAGUCCAGAGUGGGUUCGCUCUCCUUCAGCCAGAGUCACCGGGAUCCGGUCAAGCGAGGUCGAGGCCGCAACGGGGAGGUGGGGGGUCAUUGAUAUCGAAGUCGGCAGGGGGUGAAGGAUUGAACUCGGCGGGUGGAGAGUCGGGGGACUCUAGGAACCAUGGAGUCUCCCGUGAACGGCUCUCCGCUCACUCCCUUCUCAUGCAGUGAAGAUGACUCCCCUGGGCGUCCCGCGCCCAAGAGAAGCUCCCGCAAGAAACGCCCUGCGCAGGGCGGAGGAAGAGCAGCGACAUCGUCAGUAUCAGCGACAUCGUCAGCAGAGGCAGCAGCAAGAGGACUGCCAACAUCUCCUGUGUGCAGAGGAGACGGCAGCGGCAAGCGGAGGCAACGAUGCGGGGACGCGGUGGUGCCGGGGGAUUGUGGGGCAGCGGACGGCAGCGCGGGCAGCGCGGGCAGUGUUUGCUCCUUGUCGGGGGAAGAGGUCCAGCAGCAGCGCUUCGUGGCGAACGUGCGCGAGCGGCAGCGCACGCAGUCUCUGAACGAGGCGUUCGCGUCCCUGCGCCAAAUCAUCCCGACACUGCCCUCGGACAAACUGAGCAAAAUCCAGACGCUCAAACUCGCCACGCGCUACAUCGACUUCCUCUACCAGGUUCUGCAGAGCGACGGCGAUGGUGGUGGCGGUGGCGAUGUCGGAGUCCUUGGUGGUGGGGGAGGCGAGGGGGACUGCGGCGAGGGUCCCCAUGCAGGGGUUCAGUGCGGCAGCAGCUACGCGGCACAGGAGCGGCUCAGCUACGCGUUCUCGGUGUGGCGCAUGGAGGGGGCCUGGUCAAUGUCGGCCUCGCACUGAGAUGACCCCGAGUCCCAGUUUGGCUGUCUACCCCGCGCCGGGCAGCAGUGGGUUCAUGCCCUGGACCUAGCGCCGAGAGGAGGAACCGCUCACGACAUCCACGCUGCAGGCCACGGGGUCUUGACUUAGAGUGAACGAAUCGUGCUGCCUGCCGGGAGCGUUUCAACUAUACCACGUGUCAACGGAUGGACGUCCUCUGUGCUUAUUAUUACACGAACGUCCUCUGAAAGUUGACACACAGCUGCCAGAGGCUGUCACAAGGUGCAAAGAUUGUCAUACAAUCAGGAUUCCCACAAGACUGCAAUGUAUCAUCAAAUGCGUACAUACAACCACACGCUCAUCCAUUGUAUGUACAUCGAGUCGUAGAUUAAUAUCGAUUCUUAAUCUCACGGUUCGCUCGUGGAUUUUUUUUCCUCUCACUUGUACUGUACGUAAUGACUCUUUGGUUCUUUCGGCAAAGGCUUUACCGAAAGAACCAAAGAGUAAUUCCUGCAGUCACGAUGGCUUCAACUCAAGUUUGUACGCAAUGAGUUCACGCGACUAACCCAGCCACUAGGGGUCGCCAUAUUAGCCACGAUUUUAAAAAAAUCUACAUUUUUAUUCUUGAAUUGGCUCCAUUCUUGAUUCGAGUCGUGAACCGGAUUUUCGCAAAUUGCUGCAAUCUCGUUUCACACCGCAUAUAUUGUGCCAGAUGUAUACCCAGCCAGGUACAGUGGCAGAGCGAGUGACUCACGAUCAGAAGGUUGAGAGUUCAAGUUCUGCUUUGGGAACGACUCAACCAAUCAUCCCUUCAAUGUUGCUAAAAGAGGCACCGCUUUGUGGGGAUUGUGCUAUGGAGAGAAUCGCACUCCGCCAUAGGAACGUGGAAUUUCCACCACUCGCUCAGGGUUGUAAGCAAGAGAUGAGCACUGCCUCGAUGCUCAUUUGAGCAGGAAAUCAGUUUGAUGAGAUGUAUCACGAUUCAUCUGCGAUGUUAUGAAAUUGGUAAUUCAAGUCAAUCGAUUCACAUUUACAUCGUUUAUAUUGUUGCUCAUCCGUAAUGUCUCAUUUGUAAUUGUUUGUCCUGCUUCGUUGGUACUGCGUGUCGACCUAGAUUCUACCGUCUCCUUUGUGUUUCGUUGUCUGUUGUCUUUUUCAUUGUGUGGUUUUUCUGUGCUGUCUUUCUGUGCUGUCUUACUUGUACUCUCCAACUAUUGUACUUACCCGUUCGGGUUUUAGUGCAUUCCGUGAGCAUCCACGUUACAUUCACGGGGACUCGAUGCACGAAAUCGUGAGUUUAAUCAUCGAAGAAUCGUUACUCAUUGCGCGUUUAUAUUUGUUGGUUUUCCAAUUGCUCGCACAUUGAUCGUGUAAGAAGCAUUGACAGUGUUAACGUAUUUAUAUGCAGAAUAAUACACGCCGCUGCUCCCAAAUUAAUUUAUUGUAGGUAACCCGUAAAGGCUUGUUAUAAAUUGCACCACUCUACAGUAUUAUAUAUAUGUGUGCGCUGUAAUGCUAAUUGCGUAUCUACUGCAAUUGAAUUUCGUUUAAGACGUCUACAGGUCCGGUCUUGUAACUAGCGGUGGCCAAAGCUCAGGGCCCUAAGUAGGCGCAGGGCCUCACGGAUUCAUGGACCAAUAGGGGUGGAACAAAUAUCAGCUCGAAUCUCAAAUCCGAUUAAAAAAUAUAUGAAAAGCUCAUUAACAUCAAAAAGACAAUUAAUCUCUCAUCUUGCAUCUCACAACAGCGAUUACUUUUUUAUUGAAUUUUUCUUAUCUCACUACAUCUCUGUUUUGUCUAUAUAUAUAUUUCUCCUGUCAUCUCACUAGGAAUGUAUACUGUACCGUACAUUAAAACUAAACUAAAAACUAAACUAUUUUUAUAUUACAAGGUAAGGCCCACUGAGCGAUGUGAAGCUCUUUAUCUGAAGCCACCUGGCCACAACUGAUAGUUAAACGAAGUGGCGUAUCAU